GUCGCGUUUCCCCAACUAAAACUGCAAAAACGCUAAUGAAAACUGCUUGAAAUGUUGUAAUAUAAUUACAAUUACAAAACAAGUGCUUCAAUGUGCAAUUAAGAUGACUAAACGCGUGUAAACUGUGCAAGCAUUUGAAAUGUCCGAGCGGGUAAGCAGCGCUCUGGCGGCACAGCUCCAUGCCCAUGCACUGGCGACAAACUCGAACACCAUCUCCUCCCCCGAGACUGGCGUCUGCCAGCUGCAGCCAGUGAUUGCCUCAAAGGAUGCGCCGCUCCAAUUCGAUACGGAUGCACCGGCGGCUGCAAUUGGCGCACAGCUGAAUUUUAAACUGGUGCCCGUUGAUAGCUUGGGCGGCCUGCAUUUGGGCCUGGGCAGCAGCUGCCAGGAGAUGUUUGCCUCAAUGAACACAUCACAAAUCUCAAACGCCUCCACAGAGUCCAGCUGCUGUCCGCCAACGGCGCCAACCGCUCCCCCCAAGCCCAGCCGGCACAUGGCAGUGCAGCCAUUGAAUAGCAAAUCCUGUCGCUUUCCCAAGCUGGAGGAGUGUGCCCACUUCCAUUACGAACGUGUGCAGCUGGGCGCAUUGUCGGUGCAGCUGCUGGAUGACAAAUCGGAGCAGAUGGGCAGCAGCAUUGCCUCGCAGUCGAUUGGCGGCGAGCUGGCGCACAGUUCGCUGCGCUCCGCUGCCUUCACGCCGGAGAGCUGCUGGUUCAUCAUACGCGUGUGUCCGCAACGCUGUGAACCGUUCCUGAUCAAGCGCAGCUACGAGAACAUGCAAAUGCUGGACGAGAUGCUGCACCGUUGCGUCUACGAUCGCAAGAUUAGCGGGCUGCGCAACAUGUCCGAACUGGAGGCGGAGGCGCAGCUGCAGACCGAACUGGACGUGGAAUACGCGGUGGCCAAGUAUCUGGAGCGCUUCUCGAAAAUCGCGUCCGACUCGCUGACCUGCGGCACCAUACUCACCUGGCUGCAGUUGGACAACAAGGGGCGUCGCCUGCCGCUGGCCGAUGGCGAGACGCAGCGCACAAUCAAUACGCCGGCGGUGGGCGCCGCUUAUGGUGUGCGGCGUUAUCUAGCGCAAGCGCCGGACGAGAUCAACAUUGAGGUGGGCGACAUGAUCUCGGUGAUCGAUAUGCCCAGUCCGGCUGAAUCGAUCUGGUGGCGCGGCAAGAAAUCGCAUCUGCAAAAGUCCCUCUACGAAGUAGGUUUCUUUCCCCAGUCCUGCGUCGCGACCAUUGGCGACAAGGUGCCACGUAAUUUUCCCAUGCCCGCACCGCUUGUGGGCCAUCUGGAUGCGUCGCCCACGAAGCCAGUGCUGCGGAAGCACGGCAAGCUAAUUGCGUUCUUUCGCUCCUUUAUAUUGUCGCGUCCGUCGCGGCGCCGCCUCAAGCAGAGCGGCAUUUACAGGGAACGCGUCUUCUCGUGCGAUCUGUCGGAGCAUCUGCUGAACAGCGGCCAGGACAUACCCAUGGUGCUGCGCUCCUGCGCCGAGUUCAUUGAGAACUAUGGCGUCAUCGAUGGCAUCUAUCGUCUGUCGGGCAUCACAUCGAACAUUCAGCGACUGCGUCGCGCAUUCGAUGAGGAGCGCGUACCGGAUCUGGGCAAUCCGGAGAUGAAGCAGGACAUUCAUGCAGUUAGCUCACUGCUGAAAAUGUACUUCCGCGAACUGCCCAAUCCGCUGUGCACCUAUCAACUGUACGACAACUUCGUAGAGGCUAUUCAGGUGAAGGCCGACGAGGCAGACGAACGGCUGCGUCUCAUGAAGGAGACGGUACUGAAGCUGCCGCCUCCACACUAUCGCACCCUGAAGUACUUGUCGGAGCACUUGCAUAAGGUAUCACAGCAUCAUGAACGGACCGGGAUGACGGACAAGAAUCUGGCGAUUGUUUGGGCGCCCAAUUUGCUGCGCUCGCCGGCGUUGGAGUCGGGUGGCGUUGCGGCGCUGCGUGGCGUUGGUGUCCAGGCUGUGGUCACCGAGUACCUGAUACGCAACUGUCACAACAUCUUCGAUGCGCUCGAGGAUCACAAUGCACGCCUCAGCAUAGUGGGUAGCGCUGCAGCGAAUGCGGCCGCCUCUGCCUCUGCCGCUGCUGAGCUGCGUCUGGAGUCGCUCACGGACUGCGAGAGCCUGCUGGUGGAGCAGCGUGAACAGGAUCAAUCGCUGGGUCUGGUGGAGCGACCCAAGAGUCUCAGCACAGGCGGGGCCAAGCUCAUCAGUCUGGAAGAGGCGCAGGAGCGACACUCGCGCAUCGAGGGCACCGGCGAUCUGAAGCAAUCGCUGCCCAUCAACAUGAUGAGCACAAGCGGAGCAGCGGGCAGCAAUGCUGCUUCGAACAUUGGCUCCUACAUCGAGGUGGGCGGCGGUCCUUCGAGCCUGCCGGAUAAGUAUCACACGGUGCUCUCCGUGCCACGCAGCUGGCAGAAACGCAAGCCGGACAAGACGCCCUCGUGGAAGUCCAUUUUCACGCGUAGCCAGCGCCAGGGGCAGGAGCUGCCCGGCCACAAGCUAAUACACGAAGGCGCCGGUGCCAACAAGGAACCCAACAGCAGCGUUGGUGCUUGCUCCUCGUCGUCCCGGGUGAGCUUUGCGCAGGCCUCCCAUGCACAUCAUCAUGGCAGCAAGGAGCUCUCCAAGCACGACAAGCCCAAGUCGACUGAGCUGCUGGAGACGACGCGAGAUGUACGCGACUCGUCGAUGGGCAGCAAGCCCAUGGAGCUGUGCAUACGCUCCAACUCCAUUGAUAGCCUGCGCACCGUUGGACACUCGCGCAGCGUCUCACAUGACUCCUAUUUUGAUCUGUUGCAGUCGCCGCAGCGCGGUCACAUGACUACCUGCCCUUCGCGUGAGCUUUCCGAGUUGGGCCUGAACUUUGAUCGCGAGGAGCCCGAGAUGCGCAUCUUCUCCGAGAGCGAAUCGCUGGUGAGCUCACCGCGUGUGGGCAAGGAGAAUGUGCCGCCUGCCUCUGGCUGUGCGACGCGUCGCAUUAUGCGCGCUCGACCCGAGGACUUCUCCAGUCAGACGAACAGCGUCAACCCCAGCCCCAAGAAGCAGCCGCGUCUCAAUCUGCUCUCGCCCAGCGCAGCGGCAGCGCAACGCACGCAGCCCCACAUCAAUCCGGCACCCGCCUGUGGCCAUGAGCCCGCAGGCGCCGAGAACUGCUGCAAACGCUACAAGCUGGAGGAUCAGCUCUCGGACAUACAGUUCAUUGACUGCGGCACACCGGAGCAUCCGUUGCCAGCACAGCAGCAAUUCGCCAGCGUUGAGGUGCAUCCGCCACCGAAGCCGGCGCGUGCUCAGACCCAGGGUCAGCAGCAGGCGCAGCUGCCGAUGUCACCGACUGGCGCUGGCGCUGGUGCUGGUGCUGCACGCUACAGCUAUCCGUCCGUGCAGCUGGGCGCCAAGCGCAAGGAACAGCUGGCGGCCAAGGAGCGCUUCAGCUACCAGGGCACCUUCACUCAGCCGGGUCACAAGCCUGAGCCAGCCCCAAGGCCCAUACACAAUGGUGGCGCCUCACUGCGCAGCGUAGAUCAGACGACUGUCAAGCUGUCUGUGGCCACGCCCACAACGCCUGCGCACAGUCCGCGCUACUCGCUGCUGCUGUGCGACACGGAGAGCUCGGAGAAUAGUUCGGCGGUGAACACGCCACAGUACGAUAUGGAGCCGCUAAUGAUGAACUCGACCAUGUCGGGCAUAUCGGGCGUCUCCUCCAAUCUGCAACAGCAGCAGCAGCAGUUGCUGCUGAACGUGGAUGCAGCCAGCAGUUAUUUGGGCAGCUCGCACGAGAGUCUUGGCCAGCAGUUCAACAAUCUCCAGGAUGUGGAGCAGCGGGAUAUGCAUGCCUUGAAGCGUGAACUGUCGCUGGAUUUGCAGCCACGGCUGCCACAGCCAGCUGCUGCAACUCGCACGGUGAAGGAGCAGCAGUUGCAAAUGCAACUACAGCUGCAGGCUGCCAGCUCGCCGAACAACUCGAACUUUACGGACAACACUAGUCAGUCGGUGACGCCCAGCGAGUUUGGCUAUCAGCAUCUGCAGCGCCAGCUGAGCAUGCACUCGCUGCUGGCGACGGAGGACAGCUCGCCGCUCUACGAGGACUAUGAGCAGACGCCCAGCAAUGCGCUGACGCCGCAGAAGCUACAGCCACCAAUUCCGAGCAGUCCCAUCAAGUCGACCAUAAGCAUUACGUACAAAUCACCAGAGAAAGAGAAGCCGCCAGCAAAGCCAGCGCUUCUGCUGGAAACCAAUUUUGAUGAGCACAUUGUCUACGAGCAGGUGAAAUUGUUUCGCAAUUCGGUCACCGAGGUGAAUCAGCUGCUAAAUGAGCAGCAUGGUCAGAGCCUGAAGCAAAUUGUGGAGGAGGAUGGCAGCGACAAAAUGACACAACAGCUGCUGCAACUGGAACAGAAGCAGCAUGAUGAUGAAGAGGAGGAACAGCGGCAGCAACAGGAGCAGCUGCUCUAUGAGAACAUUGAGCUGCGCAAGCCGCAAACAGUGUACGAGAAUCUACGUGGCGAGGAAAUGAAACUCAAUACAAACGAACUGCUGGAAAUCGAUUCCGAUUUGGAUUUAGAGUCAGUGGCCAAGCAGCAGCCAGUCAGUGAUCGAAUCGAACUGGACAGUCUGGACAGUUUACCCAGUGGUGCCGAACACAACAACAUUAUGGAACUCGAACAGCAGCAACCAAGCAAAUCGCCAUCGUUCAGUGUCAAGGAAUUGGCCACCAAAUUCGAGAGCUCCCCGGUUGAGCAGCUGCCCAAUUUUGAUUUCACACAACGUGGCGGCUCCAUGAAGAAACCCAACGAGCUGAGCCUGCCUCUCGCCGUUCCGCCAAAGCCUGUAAUGCCAGCGCCUGUGCCGCUCAAGAAACUAAAUAACACACAAAAGAUUACACGCUCCCUGGAUGAGAAUGCAUUUGUGCGCGAAUUUGGCGGCAAGCAGCUGCAAGACUUGACAUCCUGUAAAUUGCCCGAGCUGCCGGAGUUGAAUAAUCGCCGCAAGAGCUUUGAUUUCACACGACCCAAAACGCUGAAUCCGCCAAAGCGUUUGCCGGGCAUGAGCAUCACGGAGGAGAUAUGUCAGAAGUCGGAGCAGCACAUCACAACGCCCACCACCGAGAAUCGCAUCUCGCUGAUACAGCAGAACAAUGUGUUGCUCCAGCCACAGCCACAGCCAAGUGUCACAGCCGCACUCAAUCCUCCAGUGGGCGGUCGCAAGAGCGUCUUGACCGGUGUCAUCCUCGAUCGCGAGCGCAUCGACAAAAUCAAGGAGGAGCGUCGCCAGCAGUUGACCCAGAAAUACUAUGGCGAGACCAUCAAGUCGCGCUCCAAGACGGAGCUCAACUCGGAUGACAACAAUUUCCAGGCCUCCGACUCGCUGCGCAUCAAGUCCAAGUCCCGUGGCGAUAUGCACUCGCUGCAAAAGGAUAUGGACAUGAAUCUCAAGCAGCUGGCACGCGCCGGUGCUGGCUCCGAGAGUACACUGCAUCAUGCUGGAGACUAUGGCACACAGCGCGUGCGCAGCAUCUCCGAUGAGAAGAAUCAGAAUUGUGAUACCAGCAAUGGAGCCAGCAACAACCAAUCCUCCAUGCACAGCGUCAAGACAGUCGCCCAGAAGUAUGCACCAAUCAUCACUGCAAAUGCAACCACAACGACGAUAGCGUCGGUGCCAACGGUGCCCGGUAAAUUCGAGCGGGGAUUAGGACGCGAACGACUCUCGAGAAACUCCAUGCCCCAUCAAAUGACCGCAGAGAGCAAUGCAACAGUCAACAACAGAGAAAAGAUCUCACCACAAUUCUCAAUACGCGAUGUGACUGCGAUGUUCGAAUCCCGUUCACAAAAUCAAUAAGUUAAGGCAACAUACCAACUAUGCAACAUCGAAUACAGACUAAUACAACACAACACAACACACGAAGCAGAGAGAGGGAGUGGAAACGGCCGCGUUAUAUAAUUUAUUUAGUUUUUAAAAUUCUAUAUAUUAAGAUGCAUGUUUGGAUGCACACACACACACAGAGAGAGCACAUGCAGUAAUGUUUUGUAUGUAUUUAUAUAAAUAUUUUGGAUACUGGACCUGGACCAAGCGGCUCCAAAGACAUGAAACACAAUAACGCCGCGGGAUGAUGUGUAGGGGAAUAAUUAAUGAGAAGAGCAAAAUUCAAUUUUGUUUUAAGAGUGGAGCUUACAAUGAGUUCCGAGUGAAUAUGACUAAAAAAAAAAGACCCAACGCCAAAUGCAAAUUGUUAUUGCAUUGGGCGAUCUUAUGAGUUAAGUUUAUCUCUAUAUCAAUUCGUUUAUUUGUUUAAUUAUUGCAUUUCGCUUGACUUUAUUUCGGUUUGUUUAUUGUGUGAUUUGUUUUGAUAAAUGUUUGUUUGUUUGUUUGUUUGCAAACAAAAGGAGGGCAAACAAAUACAAAAAAUGGGAAAAUUAAAUGCGUAAUUUGAUAGCGCUGAUUUUGAUCUUAAAUUUUUAAUCAAAUUGAUGCAUUUCGACGCGACUUUGAGCGAGUUGCUUUAAGUAUAUUAUGAUUAUUAUUAUGCGAUUAACUUAUAUUUUAAAUAAAUUACAACGUUUGUAACAAAUUCAAUUUAAUGAUCAUAAUAUCUCUAUUUUUAUUUAAUAUUAAAUACUUGUAAAUACUCAGCGCUUGCUUGUUCUUGAUGCUCUUCUUGGCUUGCAUAAUAUGAAAACUAAAGAAAAUAAAGCUAACGAUUUUUAUUAAACAAUUUCAGUGUCGCUAUGCCUAUCGAGCUUAACAAAUAUGUCGAAGUAAAAUCAGAUCACAAAAAAAUAUAUAUUUUAUUAAUUUGCAUUUCCAUUUGCAGAUUAUGUAAGCUUAUCUAAUAUUGUAUCUCAUUUUAUUAUUCAGAGUUGGUUCAUGUGAGUUAGAUUGAUUAGAUCUGUGUAGAACCUGGUAGCAUAUAGCAUAAAACUCUGGAAACAUAAUGGUUGUUUAUAGGCUAAUUAAGGUUACAGUUCACUAUGAAAAUAACAAUAGUAUAAGAAAUUUCAGCAUUUUAAUUUAUUUGAUGGCCCCCUUAAUUCUUCUGAAGGCUGUUAAUUUAUUCGCAUUUUAUGGACUUUCCAGCUUCCAGCUUGUUAGAUUCGAAUUUUAGAUAACGACAAAUUUGUUAAGCUCCAUCUGCGCCACACAAAAGCAAAUAAAUUAUAUAAAAAUACUGUCCUAUACACUAAACUAUAAAGACCGAUAAUAUCAAAUACAAAGAGAACGAAAAUGAAGCGAAGAGAAAAAAUUAACUAAAAGCUGACAAACUUAUUUGCAUUAAACAUAAUCGAUCUAUGACCAUGAAUAAUAUAUAAGUGUGGUUUUUAUUUAAAUUUUACUACUAGAUAAAUUUCAGCUAAUCAAAUUUUUAUUAAAGUACUUUGAUAGAUUUUUCAUUUAGUCCUGAGCCAGAUGCCAAAUUUUUACUGAGAGCAUAAACAAAUUAAACAAAAAAAAAUCGAAAAACUGUUAACGAAUUAAACAGAUUUGUAAUACAAACAAUAACUAAAUAGAAAGCUUUAAAAAGAUAAGUUAGCAUUUGAUAUAUUUUGAUAAAUAAACAUAAUAAUAAUAAAAGAUCCACAACUUAGUUAUAAACAAUUGUAUUGUAUAAUGACUGACAACAGCUAAUGCAGAGAGAAUACGAAAGCGGAUAAACUCUUGCUAAAAAUGAUUUAAAAGUACAUUAUUUGCAUAAAUAUAUUUAUUAUACAUACGCAUUACUAUAUACAAAUAUAAAAUAUAUAUUUAUUAUAUAGAAC